AGCACCAUCAGUAUCAGUGAAUCCAAUGUUUGGUUUUGUGUCAGAACUUUAUUGUUACGAAAAGAAAAUAAAUAAAUAUUUGACAUGUUAUAAGCAAUGAAGAUUAUUUUUAAUAAUUCAAUUUUUAAAUUGUUUUUAUUUAUUUUUUUAAGUACAAUAAACGUUGAAGGUAACAAAAGUUAUGAUCAAUUAGAAUACUAUCCAAAAGGUCCUUUGGUUAAAUGUCAUUUCUUGCCUAUUGAAUUUAUUGAAUGUGAAGAGCCUUUUGAUCACAAAGGAAAUAAAACAGCUAAACUAGAGGCUGGUUUUGGUUGUGUCAAGUUCGGAGGAACCCGUUACGAAGAAGUUGAAAAAACAAAUGUCUCAUGUACAGUUCUGCCCGACAUUGAAUGUUAUGGUCCAACGAAAUUCUUGCGUGACGGAGUACCCUGUGUAAAAUACAGCGGUCAUUACUUCACCCUGACUCUGCUUUACAGCAUCCUCUUGGGAUUCUUAGGCAUGGACCGGUUUUGUCUCGGGCAAACUGGCACCGCAGUGGGAAAACUGCUGACCCUCGGAGGUCUCGGUGUCUGGUGGGUCAUAGAUAUAAUUUUACUGGUCACCAACUCGUUGCUACCCGAGGACGGCAGCAACUGGAAUCCUUAUGUAUAAAUCUAAAUAAUUCACCAAGUAUUUAUAAAUUAAUGAAGAUAAAACUAUAAAUUGUAAAUGAAAUAAAGUAAUUUUUUAAUUCA